ACAGUUUGAAAUUUUGAAAUAAAAUUACGCCUAUGGAACACGUAAAUAGGCAAGUUAAAACUUUGUCAGCUCGGCUAAGCUGUCUUACACGUUAUGUGGUACAUAGAAAACGUCGGUUGGAGUCAGCAUUGGAAAAGAUCAAUGCUCUUGAAAAACAGUUUUCUGAUCAUCUGUCAAAUUGUACACCUUCUUCACGGUGUACACAGCGGUCUAUAGGUUGUCAGGUACCUCCGAAAUCAAAACCUUCGGGUUUUCUGUUGUCAAGUCCAAAGCAUUCAGUCACUAUAUCGUCUGACAUGAGUGAUGUCUGUUCUUCCUCUUCAAGCAGUAGUGGCGCAAUACAAUGUCUCCAAAGAGCAUCCACUUCAGUGGACGAGGAUACAUCAAAAAUGUCUAAGAAACUUGAGAUUCAAAAAUGUCAGGCUGCCAACUCACCUUCCUCUCAAAGAGUUGGGACUACUGGGGCAAAGAAAAGACGCUCCUCAGUUAUACCUGCUUCACUUCGUAAAGCGAAGAAAACUAACAGGACGUCGAAUAAAUCUGCUAGAAUGGAUUAAACCCCUUUAACUUCGAGAAUAUAGAUUAUUCUUCAUCAGUCAAUCAAUCGAUUAAUCAGUCAAUCAACCCUGUUAUAGUACCCAAAACUUCUUUGGGUUAUUGUUAUUAUUAUUUCCUUACUGCCUUUUGUAAUACUAAGAGAACAGAUUAAACUAU